UGACACACACCCAGCUCUGACUGCUGCCCGCCGCACCGGAGACCGGAGACACCCGCUUCAGCCGAACACAGAGCACUCGGACCGGAUCUGAUGACCUCGCUCGGGAUGUGGAGGCUACAGUGACGCCAGAGAUCAGGGAAGAGGAAGCUCUCCCUUCCCAGAAGCCCCUGUGUCUCUGGAUCACCUUCAGCUGAAGCAGACACACAGGUGCACAGCAGCAGUACAUGAUCUUCUGGAACUGACUGACCCCUGACCCCUGGCUUCAGUGACCUCUGACCCCUGGCAGCCGUGACCAUGGCAGCAGCCAAGACCUCGCUGGCUCUGCACAAGGUGAUCAUGGUCGGCAGCGGCGGAGUCGGGAAGUCUGCGCUCACUCUGCAGUUCAUGUACGAUGAGUUUGUGGAGGACUACGAGCCCACGAAGGCUGACAGCUACAGGAAGAAGGUGGUUCUGGACGGCGAGGAGGUGCAGAUAGAUAUUCUGGACACCGCCGGUCAGGAGGACUACGCAGCCAUCAGAGAUAACUACUUCCGCAGCGGCGAGGGCUUCCUCUGCGUCUUCUCCAUCACCGAACUCGAGUCUUUUACAGCCACGGCUGACCUCAGAGAGCAGAUUCUGCGGGUGAAGGAGGACGAGAACGUUCCCUUCCUGUUGGUGGGAAAUAAGUCAGAUCUGGAGGACAGGAGACAGGUGAACGCCGACGAGGCCAAAGCCCGAGCGGAUCAGUGGAGCGUGAGCUACGUGGAGACGUCUGCCAAAACCAGAGCCAACGUGGACAAGGUUUUCUUCGACCUCAUGAGGGAAAUCCGCGCUAGGAAGAUGGAGGACAGCAAGGAAAAGAACGGAAAGAAGAAGAGGAAAUGUCUGGCCAAACGAAUCCGUGAAAGAUGUUGUAUUUUAUAGUGUCUGCGAUCCUUUAGUGUCCUGUGUGUUCUCGUCCUCGGCUGCGAUGUGUCCGACCAGACGAAGCACAGCUCACUGAGAUGGAGAGGACUUCAUAGAUUCAUGCACUAGAGGGUGGACUUCCUGUGUGAGAGAUCUGGACUUCCUGUGUGAGAGAUCUGGACUUCCUGUGUGAGAGAUCUGAGAGAUGUGUAUUUGAUUUCAUUCAUGUCAGAUGUGUUUGAGUUCUCAGGACUCUUCCUGUAUAUGAACACAUUUCUGCUUUCCUGAUAAAACCACUUUGGGUCAGUAAGAUUUCUAAAAAUGUCCGUUCUGCUCAUCAAGGCUGCAUUCAUUUGAUCAAAAAUUGUUAAAUAUUAUUACAAUAUCAA